UCGCAGUAGCCGUAGUUAGGCCUCUCACACGCCAUUGCAUCAGACACCGGAAGGUUGCGCUGCUGAAGGUCGCAAUUAAAACGGAAGACAAUGUCACUCCCAAAGCCAGUAAUGAGAGGCCUCCUGGCCAAGCGUUUGAGGUUUCAUUUGCCAAUUGCAUUCGGUCUUUCCCUGGUUGCUGCAGCUGCAUUCAAGUACGCAGUAACAGAACCCAGGAAACAGGCAUAUGCUGACUUUUACAAACAGUACGAUGCCAUGAAGGAGUUCAAUGCCAUGAGGGAAGCUGGUGUCUUUGAAAGUGUCAGGCCCUCAGGAGAAUAAAGUGAUAUCAUGUGAAUGACCCUCUAAAUGUUUUGUUUCUCCCCUGCAUUCCUGGUCUACAAAUGUAUCUAUAAGAGUAUCGGAUAUGAACUUUGAUGUUCUCAUGAAUAUACAAAUAAACUAUUGACAACUUCUA